AAAGCAUCGAAUGCUGUACCAGGGCAUGGAUCCCUGUCAGACACGUGGAGAGCAUCGGUUCAUGGAACAGGUGACAGCAGGAGAUCCGGCAGCCAGACCCCUCUCCCUGUCGCCCUCGGAACCGCCCACCUAUGAUGAUGCCAUGGCCACGGAACCACCACAGGCUCACUUAGGUUUAUCCACCGAUCGUCGAAGGACCUUCUUCGCUGAGCCACAGCAUCUGAGGUACCGCCUGGAGGAUAUACCCUAUCUGGUGAUUGAGCCACCUCAGUUGCAAUUGGUGCCAGAGGAACUGGAAUUAACGGAGGCACCUGGAGAGCAACAGGAACUGGAGGUGCCCUUGGAGAGUCGCCCGACGAGGAGGGAUCAUCGCAUUCAGGCACCAGGUCCAGUGCGCAGUUUCUUUGACCUGACUCCUCAGCCCAAGUUGGGUGCGCGGCCGCUGGAGAUCAUGUGUCCAGCUUGUGGUCAACAGGGAGUGACGAAUGUGCGAAGGACACCACAUGCCCGGGCACAUGUCUCGGCUCUGUUGUUGUGUACUUUUGGCUGGUGCUGCUGUGCCUGCCUGUGGCCUUACUUGCUCCAGGGUUGCAGGAUAACGAGGCAUUACUGUGCCGGCUGUAAGAUUUUCCUGGGGGCUCACUACCCCAAGGGCUGCUGUUGAUGGGAUGGAUGGAUAUUUACCCGCCGGGAGAUAGGAUUCAGGAGUCAGGAUUCAGGAUCGGUUUCGGAUUCCAGCCGCUAAUUGUGAGAGCUUUCCAUGUGUAUCCCUCUUAGUGUGUGUGUGUGUAUAUUCGUGUGCGUGUGUGUGUGUGAAUAAAGCUGACCACAAGGACUCCGGGCUUAUUCGCUUGUAAUGAGUAACAGAGCCGAGCGCGGCCGGAAAUUGUUUGCCGGCAAAUCGAAUUGCCUACCUAAGCUCCACGUCCUUCAUGCCAUCGUUUCAUCGCUCCAUCGUCCCUUGUCCUACAUCCCUACAACAACGUCCUUCAACCGCCAUUUUCCGCUCAGUCUGCCUCUGUAUUUUCCACCCCAAAUGAUGCAUAACUGGCCUAAACAAAUUGCCUCAUCAUCACUCCCGUUCGAGCGAAAUUCAACUCUCACAUCCUGCCGCAGAGAGCGAAUUGUUGCUGCUGUGGUUCGUGAUUAAUACCCUGCAGGAAGGGCAUAGUAAUUAGUUUGAGACAUUUGACCAGAGAUGAGAGAGAGAGAGGGGGUUGGUUUUAAAGCU